AUGAUUGAUUCUUAUACGGCUAGGCUGUCGAAACCUAAAUUCGUUGGCAAGCUGUUUUUGGACGUUGCUAAAAGCAUGGAUCAACUCACUGGCGAGUACACGCGUUCGUGUGCGUACAUCGAAGCCGGUCUGCAAGAAAAUAGCGCGUCAAUUCCUGCUGCCAUUGGGGCUGCUGGCCGUGAACUGUAUUCGCAGAAAACAAAGUCAUUAUUUUCAAGCGUACACGACCGACUAUCUCGCUACCCUAUUCUAUUGAAAGAAACGGAGCGCUAUUAUGAAGAACCCCACCCGGAUAGAACCGCCAUUUGCAAGGCAAUGCAGGUGUAUUCAGAAAUCUUGGAUCGUUGUAAUCUCCUCCGAAGUUUACGCGAAACUGACAUUGAAGUACUAUCGUCCGAGAUUCGUGGACUUCCCGAUCAGUCUCGCCUUCAAUUCAGCGAUCCAACGCUGACACUAAAAGCGCAAAUAUGCACCGUUGAGGCAGAUGGCACUUUCGUGGUUGACUCCUCAAAGCCGCACGAAGUUCUUCUCCUCUACCCAAGUUUUCUUAUCUUCUUGUCGGCCUGUCCGGACUCCCCCAAGGUCUACCAGUUCCAAAUGCAUGUACCGAUGCCAAAUAUCGCUGUGACGGCUCCACCAACAAAUAAUAGCGUUAUUACUAUUAAAAUCCUGGGUGGAACCUCGUCAGCCGAGGAGCGCAACAUCAACCUCUCGUGUACCGGUCCAUGCACCCGGGACCUCUUUUUCUCCACGGUCACAGAAUUCAUUCGCAACUCCAAGGUACGUCACUCAGAAGGGGAAUUAGACACUUCAGCAUCACUAUGCAACCCUACUACCGCUACUACUACCGUGUGCGUGUUUUCACUCGAGGCCCCCCCAACCGCCGAAGGUGGUGGUCCAAGUCGUCAGAGGAGCGCGACUCGCGUGCCGAAACCGAGUCACGUGCGUCGUUCGGGGAGUUGUCGGUCGACAGGCGGUGGCGGUGGUGGUGGAGGUGGCCUCGAGGACGACUCCGCCUCGUGUCUGGCCUCCAACCCACCCCACCUCUUCGCUCUCCGCCCCUCCUACUCCGGUCCCCUGUGCGGUCCCUCUGCGGAGGCCUUCGAGGAAGCGCCGGCCUCCAGGCUCGCCGCGUCCCAACCGCCCCGCACCAACACCGUCGCUGUGACCGACAUAACCAACCUCCCGGGGUGUCGCUUUCUGCCGCACACUGUCCGUGCCAGACCGCUUGUCAAGUGGCCUGAGGACAUCGUCAGUCUAUCGAAUCGCCAAUCCACAGAAGGCGGCAGCGCCUUCGGCAGUCCCGGUGUGAGCCCGCUCGGUGGUGGUGCGCCCGCCAGCGCCAACUUGACCCACCUGCGGCUCGACUGCACCCCGCCGCAGUCCCAGUGCCUCGUGGCGGGCGACGCCGCCGCCGCCCCCCACGGGCUGCGUUCGAGCGCGCGACCACUCGGUGGCCUUGGCAACCGCAGCUCAAGGCCGAACUCGCCCGGAAGGCCUGGUCCAGGCGGCGAUGGCAGCGCGGCGUCGGCGUCAGCCGGCAAGACUCGCGUCUAG